AUGGCAGCCGUGAAGACCUUGUCUCUGCUGCUGGUGUUCCUAUUCCUGGCAGUGGGGCUGGGAGAGAAGGAAGAGGGUCACUCCAGCUCUCUCCCCUCCCUGCCCCUCAGAUCCCAUGCUGGAGUGAGCAGCCCCCGAGGCCCGAGGUAUGCCGAGGGGACCUUCAUCAGUGACUACAGUAUUGCCAUGGACAAGAUCCGCCAGCAAGACUUUGUGAACUGGCUGCUGGCCCAGAAGGGGAAGAAGAAUCACUGGAAACACAACAUCACCCAGAGGGACAUCCAGGGUCCAGAACUGGCCAGUCCGUCUCACGGGAAUGAGGAGGCUGGGGAGGAGCAAAGUUCCCCACCCAAGAACCCCAGUGCUGAAGAUCUGCUCAGGGACAUGUUGGUUCAAGAGCUGCUGUCCUGGAUGGGGGACCACGCAGACCUCUGCAGGCUCAGGUAG